AUGCCUGUUGUUAAGAAUCAUACUAAGCAAAAGCCUGCUCAAACCAUUUGGGAUUUCACAAGCAAAUUUCCUGAUAGUUUGACUGUUGAAAGAUGGUUAUACGAUGAAGGGAUUUACUGCAAGUGGAUGAAGUGCAAGGCUGGAAUUGACAUGAGGUUGAUUGAAGUCAAGAAAGAUGGACAACCAAACCUCAUAUGGAAGUGCACCCAUCGUCCAUCUGAAAGCUGCAACCGUCAAAAGAAGUCUAUUCGUGAAGGAAGCUUUUUCUCGGGGCUCAAGAUCGGCAUGCAUCAAGUUCUUGGAAUUGUGUGGCUCUACCUUUACAAGUUGGAAUUCCAGGCUAUUCAAGACCUGACGGGUGUAUCUGCACCAACCAUUCGUGCCGUUGUGCGCUUGUUAUAUCGUUUGAUGAAUGUCGACAUCAAAGACGAAGAUGUAUCUGUUGGUGGCAUUGACGAAGAUGGCAACCGCAUCAUUGUCGAAGUGGAUGAAUCCAAGUUUGGGAAGCGUAAAAGCCAUAAAGGCCAUCGUGUUGAAGGUGUGUGGGUUGUUGGCGGUGUCGAGCGUACUCCUGAAUGCAAGAUUUUUGUGACAACCGUCGAAGAUCGCAAGAAGGAUACUUUGCACCUCAUCUGGAGUAAUUACAUCAAAGAAGGGAGCGAAAUUCAAACGGACUGUUUGUGGUGGCAAAAGAGCUUAUGA